GAUCCUCAGUAACGAAACAGCAGAACCACAAUCGCGCUGCUGUGCAUUACAAAUCUAAAUGGAAACCAAAAAGUUCAAUACUGUGCUACAAGCUGAGGAGGAGCACCUCAAAUCAAUGUCGAAGUCAACAACAAAAGUAAAAAAAACUAUCAAAAAGUCCUGCAAGAACCAGCAGAAACUGGACACUUCGGAGGUUGCCGAUCUAAAACACGACUCCAAUAAACUGUCAUAUACCAUGGAUGUCGAAAAUUCCGAUACUAAAACAAAGCUAAAGAACAUGGAACUUGAUAUAGGUAUAACUGAUACUAAUAAUAUUAAUGCAAACGCCGAAACUAAAAGGAUGAAGACGAAGAAGUUAAAAAAGUGUGAAUAUGACAAUCAAAAUAUAUCAGUGAAAAGCAGUUUUAGCAAAUUUGAUGCCUUGCAAAAGCGUAAUUUGAUCCAUGUACGUUCUAGUGAUUCUAGUAAAGCACAAAAAGUUUUCAGUAACUCGGAUACUGAGAAGCGGUCAAAUUGCCGCCAGUGCGACAAACCUGUGUACAAGAUGGAGGAAGUUGUCAUACAAUUCAAGGGGGACAAAGAUAUUUAUCACAAGACGUGCCUUCGGUGCAAGGACUGUUCGAAGCAAAUUAAAUUUGACAACUAUCAAAGUCACGAAGGAAAUCUUUAUUGCAACAUACACUUUAAGUUGCUGUUUGCUCCCAAAAUUGUACAAGACGAAAAGGAGACUAAGCCCCGCAAAGCCGAGCUAAUUAUUAGAGAGAGCCAGCCUGUGGAGUUGCCACCAGACGUGGCCAGAGCUUCGGACAAACCGGAUCUGGGACUUGAGGAACUACAACAAUUAAAUGUCCGGUCUAGGUUUCAAGUAUUCGAGAAAGAUUUGACCAAAAGCCAGGAGUCACUUCCUGAACGACAUACUUCUACUGCAAAGCGAAAUUCGUCUAUUUUAUUAAAACUCGCAAAGCUACAAAAGCAAGGACUACAAAGCUGUAUUGAUGGUGGUGCCAAUGAGGUAGAUGAAUAUGGCCAAAUUGAUGACACCGAUGACUACAAAGGUGAUGUAGAUCACAAUAAUGGAGACAAUGACGAGAGCAUAGAAGAGAAUGAUGAUGAUGAUAACGACAAUGAUUUAGCGCUUGUACGCUCCAGGAGACAAACUAAGAGGGAAAUACCUGUGGGACUUGGCGAAGCCAUGAAUGAUAUAAGAUCUAAAUUCGAGCAGGGGCAUAUUAUGUCUAAAGAAGAGCGUCGGGAGGAAAGGAAACAGGAAAUACAAAAUAUACGAUCUCGCCUCUUCAUGGGUAAACAAGCGAAAAUUAAAGAGAUGUAUCAACAAGCAGUUGCCGAAUCUGAACAGAAUAUUACGUCCAUCGGCAAGCAGGCAGAUGUAGAAAUUGGAGACGCAGCCCGCCAAAUCAAAGAAAGAUUCGAGAAAGGCGAGAUGUUUGGAAAAAGUAAGGCAUCUCAAUCUUUGGAAACUGUUGGCAACAGUAAUUUGUUGGAAGAUGCUGAUGUCUUUGAGUCCGCUAUAACUAAAAAGUCGCGAAGCAUUUUUAUGGAACUAGACGCUAACGCUGUGCCCCACUCUGGACAUAAAGGUGGUGCUCAAGAGGGACAGAUAAUUCGAUCAGCCUCUAAGUUAGAUGCACGUAGCAGUCAAGAACUUGCUGAAGGCAACGUGGUAAAAUGUGACGCAAAGCCAGAAGAUAUAAAAAUUGCAACGGCUGAAUUAAGUGAAAAGUUCAAGUUCUUUGAAACUUAUCGUCCAAACGAAGUAGAAAGACGGCAAUUUCGUAUAACACCUCCACGGGAAGGAGUAGUCAAAAUGCCGACUCCAGAUUCCGAUCAGGAUGACCAAUUGAAUCCGGAAUCGAAACACGCUUCCCAAUUUGCAGACAAUAUUCUUCAGAAAACUCAAACCACUUCCACCAUGUUAAACAAAUUUCGCGAAAUGGAGAAAUGUACUAAAUCAAGCCAUGGCCUUAAAGGACUAAAGCCAUUGAAAUGCUUUACUCCGCCGCCCGAUGAUCGACGAUAUAGUGAAAGAUCGGAUAGUGAAGAGGAGGGGGAUAGUGAGGAGAAUGAAUCCAGUAAUAGUUCCGAUGGGGAAAGCGACAUUGGAAAGAAUUUCGGUGAAAAUGAUGAUUCGCUUAAGGAAGCCCAGAUGGCAACUCGAGCUAAGCAAUUGCGUGCAAAAUUCGAGAAGUGGCAAGCCAACGAAAUCGAACGGGAACUAAAUGGAAACCACGUGGAUGUUUAUUCACAACAAGUAUCGGACGAUUCGACCAUAGAGAGUGCUAAAACAAUACGGGAUCGAUUUGAAAACAUGAAGAACUUUGAUAGUGGAUUACAAACUACCCCGCGCCAUCAAGUGAACCGUUUUGUGUAAUCGCCUGGACACUUUUUAUGUUUUUCUCAUACUAAUUAACCGUGCUCAAACGAUGGAGAAUCAGUAAGAUUAACGUUUCGGCAAAACUUAGAUUUCAACGUGCAAGAAAAGAAAAGGAAACUAAAAACUAAUUUAUACAUACAUUUAACAAUUUUAAUGUGGCAAAUACAAUUUCGUAUCUUA